UUUAGAAUGUACAUUGUUAUGACGACAGGCGCCAAACUAAACACAUUUCUACACUGCCAACGUGAGCAAUAGAUUGCUGUUGAUUCUUCAGUCAUUUUUACAAGAAAAACAUGGCAGUUCCAUUUUCAAACACAAAACUUCGCGUUCCGAAAGGAUUUCAAAAUGUUUUAGAAGGUCUUGCACGUGAAGUUUUGAGAAAUCAACCAGACAACAUAUAUGAAUUUGGUGCAAAAUACUUCGAACAGAUGCUGGCUGUUCGUGAUGAAACUGGACAUGACCCAGCUGUACAUGGUGCUAGACUAGAAGAUAGAUUCUAUAACAAUGACUCGUUUAAGAGUCCUGUGGUUGAUUCAGGUGAUCCACAACAACAAGAUGCUGCUCUAAAAAUUCAAACAGAAUUCCGUCGUCAUGACGCCGUCAAAAAGGUUGAAACCAUGCAGGAAGAAGAAGCUGCCUUAACAAUACAAUCAAGUUUCCGUGGUCACCAGGAUAGAGAAAAAGUCAAACAAAUGAUUGUAGAAAAAGACCCAACACAACCAAAAGGAGAGGAGGAAGAAGUAGAUAUAGAUUUAACAGAUCCUGAUGUAGAACAAGCAGCCAUCAAAAUACAGGCAGGAUUUAAAGGCUUUAAAGCAAGAAAAGAAGUCCAAACAAAGGCAAAAUCAAAGGAACCAGAGGUUAAAGAACAAACUGAACUUGACAAAGCAGCAACCAAAAUACAAGCAGGCUUCCGAGGCCAUCAGGCCAGACAACAUCACAAAAAACCAAAGGAAAAACAGCCAGAAAGCAAGGAAGAAGAAGUAGAUAUUGACCUUAAUGAUCCAGAAGUGGAAAAAGCUGCCACAAAAAUACAAGCAGGGUUCAGAGGUCACAAAACACGAAAAGAAAUGCAAAGCAAAACUGAUGUACAGUCUGAAACAAAAGUAGACCAAACUAAACAGUCUGAAACUGAGGAAAUUGAUAUUGACCUCAAUGACCCAGAAGUAGAAAAAGCAGCUACAAAAAUACAGGCAGGGUUCAGAGGUCACAAAACACGAAAAGAAAUGUCAAGCAAAACUGACGUACAAACAAACCAGGAAACAGAACCACAGAAAGAGGAAGAAGUAGAUAUAGAUUUAAAUGACCCAGAAGUUGAAAAAGCUGCCAUUAAAAUUCAGGCAGGCUUUAAGGGUUUCCAAACUCGAAAAGAAAUGCAAAGCAAGUCUGAGGAGAAAGUACCAGAGAAAAAGGAAGAGGAGGAGGAAGAAGUAGAUAUUGAUUUAAAUGAUCCUGAUGUUGAAAAAGCUGCCAUUAAAAUUCAGGCAGGCUUUAAAGGUUUCCAAACUCGCAAAGAAAUGCAAUCGAAGAAAUCUGAAACUGAAGUAAAGACAGAAGAAAAGAAAGAAGAGAAACAAGAGGAAGAAGUUGAUAUUGAUUUAAAUGAUCCAGAGACUGCUAAUGCAGCACUUAAAAUUCAAGCUGGAUUUAGAGGCUAUAAAACACGAAAAGAAUUACAAGGACAAGUAGAGGAGGGUAAAACGAAAGAAUCAGAAUCAAAUACUGAAUCUAAGGAGGAAACAAAAACUGAUUCCAAAGAGGAAGGAACAAAAACUGAUUCCAAAGAGGAAGGAACAAAAACUGAUUCCAAAGAGGAAGAAACAAAAACUGAUUCAAAAGAAGAGGAAGUUGAUAUUGACUUAAAUGAUCCAGAAGUGGAAAAAGCGGCAACGAAAAUUCAAGCAGGAUUCAAAGGAUAUAAAACACGAAAAGAAAUGCAGGAAAAAAAGAGUGAUACAUCUGUUGAAAAGAAAGAGGAAGAAAAAACAGAGGAAGGAGAAAAGAAGACUGAAGAGCUACGAAUAACUCUUAAUCCAAACCAAGCAUCUAAAAUGCUCGAAGUGUUGUCGGCCUUUCCAAGUUUCAAGACACCAAAAGACUUACCAGAUCAUUUAAGACUGUCAAAGUAUCAUUUAAAAAGGCUGAAGAAGUGGCGAAAACUGGCACUAGAAAACAAAGAAAAACCAACAUUUGCUGGGUCGACAAAAUUAACAGCAGGAGCCUUCAGAUUAUUCCAAGACAAUCAAGUGCUUAGUACCGACAAGGAAAGCGACGACAUAAAAGAAGAAGAGGAUGAAGAAGACAGUUUAUUCGGUGACCUUUCUGAUGAAGAUGAAGAUGAAGAUCAAAAUACUUUAGGGGAUUUGGGUUCUGGUUUCAAACAACUAAGUAAGGGUAUGGGAAACGUAUUUGGCAAUAUGUUAGGACCAAUAGGAACGACAGCUUCAGAACCAGAAAAAGAUGGUGAAAAUAGACCUCAAGGUUUGGUUCCUUUGAUGACGGGAAUGACGGGCAUGAUAAACAAGAACUUGAUGUAUGAACCUUACAAAGCUUCGCGCGAUGCGCUCGACGAAUGGAUUCAAGAAAACAGGGGAGCAAUUGAAAAUAAGGAUAUUAAGACAAGAGAAAAACAGUUAGAAAUAAUUACACAAAUAGUAGCAAUGUACGAAGAAGAAAAAGAAGAUGAAGAUCCUGAAAUAACAAAAACUAGAAACAUGAAAAUAAUGGAACUAGUAACAGAGAGCGAGAAGUUAGGUGAAUUGCCACAAGAAGUCCAAGCUAAAUCCGCCGAAUUUUACCAGGAAGGUGACCACACCCAUAUGCUCGAGGGGAUGACUGAAGCACUAACAAGUACGAUGGAGUCAAUGUUUACAGGCUUGGGGGAAGCAAUGACAGGAGGAAAAGAUGGAGACGGAGACGCAUGCACAAUUUUAUGAUCAAAACUGUUUAUAAUAGACAGUAUUUUUUUUUUAUAUUGAAAUAGAAUAAAUUAUCUCUGUUUUAAGGAGAUAACACCAUUAGAAAUAAUAUUUUUUUAAAGUGUUAAAUUUUUGUAGUACUUAAAAUCAUGUAAUAACAAAAUAAAAUCAAAUUAAGUUAAACAUGUGAAGACGUAACAAAAUACAAAAAUAAAGAAUUAGUCAACAGAUACAACCACUACAUAUAAAAAGGUAAAACACCACAACGUUAACUUAAAAAUACACAAAAAGGUAAAACACCACAAGGUUAACUUAAAAAUACACAAAAAGGUAAAACACCACAACGCACGGUUAACUUAAAAAUACACAAAAAGGUAAAACACCACAACGUUAACAUAAAAAUACACAAAAAGGUAAAACACCACAACGUUAACAUAAAAAUACACAAAAAGGUAAAACACCACAACGUUAACAUAAAAAUACGAUCACCACUUAAAGUUAACCAGCGAGAAAACACGAAAAGGAGCCAAAGACAGAAAAUAGCGGUCAAAUUUGUCUACCUGAAAAUAUUAUUUUAGUUGAUUGUGUAUAGAUAUGACCAUUUUUGUCAAACAACCUCAGAAAUCGGCACAUGAAUAAUGAGGUCAUGCUUGAGAUACCAGAUUGGAUGUCAUAAAGCUUAAUUUUCUAUAUAUUUUUUUAUUGCAUUGAUACGAUUCAUGUUUGCUUGAUACUGCAUUAAUAUGUUUUAUGUAUAUGUAUUAAUUUAUGAUUUUGUCAAAAACAUAUUGACUUGUAUAUAUGACAACAGAGAUUAUAUGUCUCUGGUGACAAUAAAGAUUAUUUUUAUAACCA